CCUGGAGGAGAGGUGAACAGCAGCUCGCGGAACGCGGUACGUGGAACUUUUUUUCCCUCCUCCGCUUUGUUUUCGGCACCAUGUGGGCGCGAGCUGUGCUGUGCGCGGCGCUGCUGUCCGCGCUCUGCCCGGCGGGAAGGACGGAAGCCGAGAGGGACGAGAGAGAGGUCCAGGACUACCGGUACAACUCAAACAGACUGCUCGGCGCUCUGCAUGAAGUGCUGGAGAAGCUGCAGACGAAGAGGAUUAAUCCCUGGGAGAAGAAGUAUGGACAGGUCCCCUCUUGCGACCUCGGGGAACACUGCGCCGUCAGGAAAGGAUCUCGUAUCGGAAAGAUGUGCGACUGCCCCCGAGGAGCUUUCUGUAACUUCUUCCUGCUGAAGUGCUUAUGAGCCAAUCACAUCCACACAGCGAGAGUAUAUUUUAAAAAUAAUGUAUAUUUUCCAAAUAUAAAUAUAUAUGAAAAUCUUUGUGAUGUAAAGUAGCCUUUAGAGUGGAA